CUUUGACCGAACCCUGAAUAUAGAGAUCGAGUGUUGUCGCGAUCGUGAGAACCAAUGGACAAUUUCCUGCAGAACACGUGAUCUCUUCGGUUCUAGUACAGGUUGAAGCCCAAGUGUUGGAAUUAGCACCAGUCAUUGUAUUGGGUUGUUCAAUUAUACUCGUAUUCGUAGUCCGUACUAAAGAUCCAUCGUUGCACCCAGCCAUCUUCCUGGGGUCCACUCGUAUGAUGGGAACUUAGACGGACACCUUGCUUUUGCUUUGCAGUGAAAUGAUCUAAUUACCUGGGUAUGAUCAAGCAGCACAGUAAUGAAGUGCUUCUCGAAGCAAUUGCUGACAUUGCUAGUGGCCGUGGCGUCGCUGGCGUUCGCACAGUGCUGUACGGUCCUGCAGUUCACCAACCAUUCUUUCUCAGCCAACGCUGUGCGUCUGAUGCACGCGCUGCCAAUCUUCGAAGGUGCUAAUGGCACCGUGUUUCUCGACUUCACCGCCUCCACUCACAAAUGCCAUGCCGAUGGCGGGUGGCAGGACUUCUUUGACUUGGGCUCUCAUGCAGUGCCGUGGUCUGCCGAGAAGGAGGCAGCUGAGGGCGAGGCUUGCGCGAAGUACUUCCUGGGGAAUAUAGAUGCAGUGGUGCUCGAAGCUGGUCUGGGAUGGACCGAGCUGCUGGAGAUCAGCCUCAAGCGGAUAUGGAAGUAUCAGCCGCGCAUGAAAACGCAGCUGCUGCAUGUGUUGCGCAGCCUGGAGGCGGCAGACAAGCCGACCAUUGCUAUACAUGUCAAGGCCCAUGGCAACACGCCUGUUCAGAAGCAUUUGGCUCUUUCGGCGCAGGAAUAUGUCAGCUUGUUUGUGAAGACAUUUCCCCAUGUGAAGAAUGGCACAUGCAUCAUUGCUGGAGGGGACGAGGCAAUGAAUGCUGAGACAGCAGCCCUGGCUGCCCAACAAAUCGGCUGCAAAACUUUCAACAGGACUGCCGUGCAUCACCAGGUGGGGGACCCUGCAAAUGUGUCCCAUGGCAGCCCACAGGCGCACUGCCUGCUGACGCGAAAUCUGCUCUUUGACCUGGAGCUCCUGGCGCACACUGACUAUUUCAUCGGCACGACCAAAUCCGGCUUGUCGCCUUUGAUAGAGACCCUGCGCUAUGCGCUGUACAACAAGGACCGGAGAACCUUUGUGACACACGGCGGAGAUUGGUACGAGAGGAUUAGAGAAUAUUUCCAUGCAGGGCACCCGGCACCCUUGAAGCACUAGCAUGUCAGCACUUUGUGAAAUGGAAGUUUUUGUGUCAAGGGUUCCAAUGCUGCAGAACUAGCAUCUGUCCAGAGCAAAGGAAGAGGUUUGGCUGGUGGGUUUGCUGAGUCCACUAGUGUCCACCAGUACUGCCAGUCAGUCCACUGAGUGUUAACAUGAUUCUAGGCUAUGGUCUGUGCUAUAAAUUGGCCAUAUAACUUACGCAUCUGCAAAUAAGAAAAGUAAAUAUAAUGCCAUCGUGGGCCAACUAGUAGUGAACCCACUCUUCAGGCUGAUGAUGGUAUCAACAAAGGAAUUCAAGAUC